CGGCGCAGGCGGAAGUGGCGACGCUGGCGGCCCAGGAGCCCGCGGCGGGCGGCAGUGACGGCCCCGGAGCCGACACGGACGGCGGCGGCCCGGGGGGCGGCGUGGACGCCCGAGGCGCCGGCUGGGGCAUCACCGCGGGCCUCGAUCCCGAAAUGGCGCUGCUAGCCGAGCACCUGCUGAAGCCGCUGCCCGCGGACAAGCAGAUCGAGACCGGGCCUUUCCUGGAGGCGGUGUCGCACCUGCCGCCCUUCUUCGACUGCCUCGGGUCCCCCGUGUUCACUCCUAUCAAGGCUGACAUCAGUGGCAACAUCACGAAAAUCAAGGCCGUCUAUGACACCGACCCCACCAAGUUCCGCACCCUGCAGAACAUCCUGGAGGUGGAGAAGGAGAUGUAUGGAGCCGAGUGGCCCAAAGUGGGCGCCACACUGGCGCUAAUGUGGCUAAAAAGAGGCCUCCGUUUCAUCCAGGUCUUCCUGCAGAGCAUCUGCGACGGGGAGCGUGACGAGAACCACCCCAACCUCAUCCGCGUCAACGCCACCAAGGCCUACGAACUGGCCCUCAAGAAGUACCACGGCUGGAUCGUGCAGAAGAUCUUCCAGGCAGCGCUGUACGCGGCCCCCUACAAGUCCGACUUCCUGAAGGCGCUGUCCAAGGGGCAGAACGUAACAGAGGAGGAAUGCCUGGAGAAGAUCCGGCUCUUCCUUGUCAACUACACGGCCACCAUCGACGUCAUCUACGAGAUGUACACCAAGAUGAACGCCGAGCUCAGCUACAAGGUGUAACGCGUGUCGCUGCCCCCAGCGCUGUGAAGUCAUCCGCACCGUGCGGCCCCUGACCGGCUGGCAGCCUGGAGCGGCCCCGUGGGGCACAGGGGACAG